CACCAGACGAUAUCGCACACAUGCGAGUCCUCUUCUCCCAUGCACGUAAGAUAUAUCGUCAGAAUUCGGAACAUCUGCCGACAGGACGGGAUAAUGCGUCUUCCAACGUAUUGGGGAAAUUUAGCGAAGGGCUGAUCUUUGGUUGAGUAUAUCAUUGGGAUAUAGUAUCCCCUCUUCCCCGCGAUGUCCUAGGAACCCGACUUGCUUCUCUAGUCAACACAUCCCCUUACUACCUCUAUCGACAGUUGAUCGUUCAGAAGUGGCUUGCAUUGACACCCCAAGAUGGAACAAGAACUUGCUGACCUCAAGAAGCAAGUGCAGGCGCUGCAAAAGGAGGUAUCUCGUGUGUCAGACGAAGCAGAAGUUCGCAAGACGCACUUCAAGUACGGCUACUACCUUGACAAGUGCUUGUACAAUGAGGUCGUCGACAUGUUCGCCGACCACCCCGACGCCUACGUCGAGUUCCUCGGCUCACGCUACCGCGGCAAGGCGGGCAUCAAGCGCCUAUACCAAGGCCGCUUCCAGCAGAGCUUCGUCAAGGGCCGCAACGGGCCCGUGUACGGCUGGCUGCUGGACCACCUGAUGGCGCAGGACAUCAUCGACGUCGACGCGACGGGGACGCACGCGUGGUGCCGGAUGCGCGCGCUCAUGUCGGCGGGCACGCACCAGAGCAUCGAGGAGUACUACCCGCGCGGCCACCGGCAGUGGUGGGAGGGCGGCCUGUACGAGAACGAGUACAUCAAGGAGAACGGCGUGUGGAAGCUGUUUCGGUAUCGCUACUUCCCCUUUUGGCAUGCCGAGCAUGAAAAAGGAUGGAGUCACACCAAGAAGAAUUAUAUCCCCUGGCCGACGGUGACGUACCCGGAGGAUCCCCUGGGUCCGGACGAGAUCUUUGAGCAGAAGAUGCUCUGGCCUGAUACCCGCGUUGUGCCGUUCCAUUACCCGCAUCCCGUUACGGGCAAGCAGAUAGCCCCGGAUGACUUGCGCGCGCCGGAGUAUGGCGCUGCUGUUAGCACGAGUGACCCGCCGCUUACGCUGGCCUUGCCCGAGGGCCAGAGCAGGCCUGGGGCGACUGAUCGUGAGCCGAAGCCCGGGGACAAGGUGCUCCCUGAGCUGGUGCAGAACAAGGUGGAAUAGGAGGCUUUUUCUGGCGGGUGGGGAUGGCCGAGGUGAAGUAGGAGCAGCGUUGCGCGCGGUGCACAAGCGAUGUAUCUUACCACACAGUACCUCAGUGAUAGUUGAAGUCAGGGACAGGUGUUAUCUUGCACACAAAUGAUCCUAUGUAGUAGUCUCGCAGUCAGGGGUCCUCAUGGCAUGUUAAGCAUCCA